CUGUUAGAUGGAAGAUAUAUUUAAGAAAGCGAAUUCUGUUGAGAUAAGUUAGUUGAAAUCAGACGUUGGUCGAAUACUGAACUUUUCGAUGAAUUAAGUCAAUGAAAAGGAUCUUAUUAAUUAUGAGUUCGGGGAUAUUUUUAACACUCGCGAUGUUGGUAGUUUUGUUGACGCUGGUCCUUGCUAGAACUGCACAUGUACAAACACAAGAUACUUCAGUUGACUGUUCUGAAUUUACAAUAUUCCCGUGGUCCGUCAAUGAUCCUACGAGCUGUCGUGCUUAUUGGCAUUGUGAAGCGUCUGAUUCUGAAGCAGUUCCGAGAGAGUGUGACCCCGGUCACUAUUUUGAAGAUGAAGAACGGAAGUGUCUUCUAGACACCGAUGAUGCUUGUGAAUAUACGGAACCGGAGCCAGUAGAUCCAGAGCCAGUAGAUCCAGAGCCAGUUGAUCCGGAGCCAGUUGAUCCGGAGCCAGUUGAUCCGGAGCCAGUUGAUCCGGAGCCAGUUGAUCCGGAGCCAGUUGAUCCGGAACCAGUUGAUCCGGAACCAGUAGAUCCCACCCAACCACAGCGACUAGAUGCUUGCUACGGUCUUCCUGAUGGUAGUUUCAUUAACAAUCCAACGGGUUGUCGUUCAUACUUCGAGUGUGUGAAUGGCAUUGCAGUGCCGAGGCAGUGUGACUUGAGUUUCAAUUUUAAUAAAGAAUUGCAGAUAUGUGACAGACCUUCUUUGACACCAUGUACAAAUGAUGAUUUCGAAUGUCCAUAUUGGGGAAUUUCGAGAUGGGAAGUUCCCGGAAGCUGUACCGAAUAUAAUUUCUGCAUCGAAGGACAACACCGAAUUGGAACAUGUGCUCCGGGAUUAGUUUUCGAUCCUGAAAUAGCUUUAUGUGCACUACAAGAGGAAACUGUUUGUACGCGUGAGCUAUGCCCACUAAAUGGUGGUAUCGAAAAUAUCGUUACUUAUCCAUCAUAUGAUGAAAACUGUGAAGAGUAUUAUAUGUGCCAAGGUGGCAAUCUAGAAUUACAAAAGUGUGCACCACGCACACAUUGGAAUCAGGAGCGACAAAGGUGCGAAAGACCGGAAGAUGCAAAGUGCGAAGUACCUGAACCAAUCGUAAUCGAAUGUCCAUCUGGACCUCUUCCGGUUAACAUACCACAUCCAACUAUUUGUCAGAAUUAUUUUUUAUGUGUUAAUGAAGUUUCAUACGAACUAGAGUGCAGCGAGGGAACACUGUUUGACGUAUUAACGUUGCAAUGUGUGGUUGCUAGCCAAGCGAACUGUGCAGAAGGCGCAACAGUGCGAAUUGGUACUCGUAAAAUUUAUUUAGUGAAUUAAUUUUUUGUUUUUUCGAAGCACCAUUUAUACUUUAUUAAAGUCUGAAUGUUUAUAAAAUAAUC